AUGGCCCGAAAGAAGGCGCACAUAGUGAAGGCAUCCCACUUCGAAUCCAUGUACGAACUGGGCCACAAGAUAUCAUUUAUAUGCGUGGCCAGAGGCAACCCUAGGCCGACAAUCACAUGGCGCAAGGACGGACAGGAGAUACCUUCGCACAAAUUCCUGAAGCUUUGGGAGUGGAAGCUGACCGACAGCCGGUUGAAGUCCAAGAUGGAGAUCGACCCCGCCUCCCAGAUGGACAAGGGCAUAUACCAGUGCAUGGCAGACAACAAAUACGCGAUUGACGUGCGUGCCUUCCGCACGUCGUACGGCGAGAACUAGGCUGCGCCUCACCCACUUAUAUGUAGUACGCGACGGCGUGGUCCGAGCCGAAUGUCAGCUGCACGGUAUUAUAGCACGCCAAGGAUGUGAUGCGUCGUUGCGUGCGAAGAAACGUGCCAUGCCGAUGAGCGCCCUCGUCGAAUGAGUGAUACGCAAAACCUGUGAACCGGUGUGGCGUCGUGCGCCUCUUG